AUGGGCGCCACGAAAUACACAAACCGCAGCAUCCCACGCAUCUCCCUCGCGGACUUCGACAACCGCAUCGAUGAGAUUACAUCGCAACUCGUACAUGCUGCUGAGACAGACGGCUUCUUCUCUCUGACGGACACUGAGAUCACCAUCCCGGAAAUCGAGUCCACCUUCGAGACGUCCGAAUCAUUCUUCGCUCUGCCUGACGAUGUCAAGGCUACAGUGCCCUUUACGCACAAGAAUGUGGGAUGGGAGAAGAAGGGCCAGAUCAGACCUUCCACGGGAGUUGCGGAUCAGAAGGAAAGCUACCAACUCCAAUUCGGCGACAAUAUGAAGGACAAGUGGGUUUCCGAUGAUGCUCUACCAGGCUUCAAAUCCAGCGCUCAGACAUUCAUGAAGAAAGCUCAAAGUCUUAGCGAGAAGCUCAUGCUCUGCUUCGCUAGAGGUCUUGACUUCCCUGACGAUUACUUCGUCAAAGCCCACGACAUCACCCGGCCCGACUGCCAGUCCGUCCUCCGAAUGCUGCAUUACUUCGAAGUGGACAAAUCCCAACCGCUGCCCGAGAACUUCUACCGAGCCGGUGCGCAUGCAGACUGGGAUCUGAUAACACUUCUCUUCCAAAGACCCGGCCAAUCCGGUCUCGAAAUCUGCCCCGGUCGCGAAGUCGUCACAUCGUUCGGUAUGGGCGACAACUGGACCAGAGUCGACUUUGCACCAGGAGACAUUGUCUGCAACAUUGGAGACCUUCUGAUGAGCUGGUCGGAUGAUCGAUUCAAAUCUACCUUCCACCGAGUCAAAGCACCCACAGAUCCGGAAACGGAUUACUUUGGCCCGAGAUAUUCGAUUGCGUUCUUCAACCAACCCUGCGUGGACUGUGAGAUUCAAGGCCCGCUGAAGAAGUAUCCCAAGGUGACUGGCGCGGAGUUCACAAAGGCGGCGAUGGAGAGGAACUUCAGUGCGCUCAGAGCAAAGCAAACCGAGCUCCAAGACAAGAAGGGUCAAACCAAUGGAAAUGUUGCGACGACUGUGUCGGCGACCGCAUAG